AUGAUUGCCAUACCGAGCCCGUUGAAAAAGCUAUUUGACAGCCUACCCUUGUACACCAUCCACAACGAGCCAUUAAAUAGCCAGCCCGACAAUUUCUUUAGUUUUAAAGUAGAAGGUAGCCUGCCGUUGAAAGUGGUUCUUGGAGUCUACAAUACAUUCCAAUAUAAAGAAUACGUACUACCAACAGAUCCAAGGUCACUAUCUGCAGCAAUAAUACUCGCUAAAAAGAAUUCAUUUGGAUUGCCCAGUCUGGUGAACUCGGGCGGCGCAAGUGGUAUCGCCAAAAUCCCGUUCCGGGGUUCAUUCGAUAGUUCGCUUCCGAUUCUCAUUGGAGACUCGAACAACAGAACAAUUGAAAGCGGAGGGAAAAUUGCUCAGAGUAUAGCGGCCAACAACAUCACCAGUGUUGAUCUUGAAUUCAUCAAUGAGUACGUUGAACUGACGCUUUUUGAUUUGUGGAUCGUUUGCUUAUUGGUUGAAGAGAUCGAUUUCAACGUGUAUCGGGAUAUUUUCGGCAUCAUGGACCCACUAGAGUUGAUGGACUUGAAAUCCGAAAUGACUAAAUGGAACAAUUUCAGCACAAGGCACAAAAGUUUGUUUGAAUCGUUUCAAAAACCACUUGCCUUGAAAAAUUUCUAUGACGUGCAGUUGCUGCAGCUCACCAACUCGCUAACUGCCUUGGAAGAUAUCUUGGAUUCAGUCUCGGGAGAAGAGGCUAUAGUUGCUUACAAAUUUGCCUCAUUUGUCGUUAUAGUUGACCAAUUCUUGAAAUCAACCAGAGUCGGCAUGGUAUUAGCUGCAAAUCCUCUUUUGAUUGAAAAAUGUUACGGCGUGUGCUUGAAUUAA